AUGCACCUGUCCUCGAAUCAAGCUUAUCAAUCAAGCGAAUUCCAGCCAGCUGCUUCACAAGACGUCGAAAGUGCUUUAAAAAUUGGGGAAGGCUACGAAUCAAUUCCCUUAAGCAGUCGCUCAAUUUUUGACGCUACUCAGGAAAGUUCUACAAGUUCUAAUUCAUUUGUAAAACUCUUGAGCUGGAUCCUUGAUUCUCACGCUUAUGUUUUUAUCGUAUCUGUCCUUACAAUUUGAGUCCUAUUUUCUGAUGAUAUUCGCAUCUCCGCCUGCACCAAGGAAGCUGACAACUAUUUCUUUGGAAUAAGCACAGCGAUUCUGUGCUUGUUCUCAUUUGACUUAGUGGCUUCAUUUAUUGCCCGAAAAGACUAUAGGUGCUCUUUCUACUUUUGGCUUGAUUUAUUGUCAACCCUUUCGAUUAUUCCUGAUAUAGGGUGGAUUUGAUAUCCAUUGAUAGGAAUAAAUUCUGACUCAGAAGUGGAUGCUUAAAAUGGCAUGGAUUUUGCGGAAGGGAGAGCAGCGUGAGGUAAGAGUGCUUAGACUAGUUUUACUUGGCCUGGUAGAGCGGAUUGUCGGGGUGACUGACUGCAGACUCACAUCCAGGCAAAGUUUUACCUCGAGGAAGAUGGAACUUGGAAGUUGGAAAGAGAUAGCCCAGCAAGGCUAGAUGGCGUUCUUUGGCUAUUGGACAAUUUCCCAACUCGAUACCAUGGGCUACAAGUUUCAUUCAGGCCUGACCAGAAAAUUCACUUUUUGAAUUUUCAGAAAGGGCAACCCGUUGACGUAUGACACGGUUACCCAAAUUCUUUACCUGAAGGUUACUAGUGCAAGUCCUCGAACGGAGGGUGCAGCACAUGCCUUUAGGCUGUGGAAUCGACUGGCAAACAAGAGGUGGAGCGAAGCAAGGGACGUGAAAAGUCGACAUGACUGGCCGGGAGAUACACUACAGUAAUCUAAAAUAAAUUAAGACUCAGAAGAUGGGCAAACCAAAGUGAAGUAUUCAAAAACAGCCAGCCAAGGCAACCAAGCUUCACGCAUCGUAAGGAUCGUAAGGCUUAUCAGACUGAUUAGGAUUGUGAAAUUGUACAAAAACGCCAGAAUUGCAAUGAUUGAAGAAGAUGACGAAGGGCAAGUCCACACAGAAAUUGAUAUGAUUCCCCAGGAAAGCCGUGUGGGCAAAAAGCUUUCAGAUUUGACAAUGAAAAGAGUAAUUGUGCUUGUUUUUAUCCUGAUUUCGUUCAUCCCCCUUUUCAAUUUGGAUUUUUAUGUGACGCCAGAAAGAAGCUGAACUUUUGGUCUAGAAACUAUUGAGCAUUUCUUAGGCCAGGAUGGGUUUAUCAAUGUGAGGGAUGAGUAUAUAAACUAUCAUGAAGACGACAGGCGGCCACUGAUAUAUUUAACUUAUACAUAUGGAAAUGACAUCUAUAUUUGAAAAACAAGCACAAAUCCAGAUGAUCUCAGAGACACAGAAAAAUACAUUGUGAAUGAAGUUCACUCACAAGCGAUUAUUGAUCUGAGAUCUGAUACUCAUUUGGAUUCUGAGUUAAAUAUUUGCAAAACAAUCUUCGUAUGCAUUCUUUUGACCUUCGGAGCUUUAACCUUCACUAGGGAUGCUGAAGAUCUAGUGGUUUUUCCUAUUGAAAGCAUGAUAAGAAAAAUCAGAAAAAUUGCGAGAAAUCCUCUUAAUGCUUGUAUAUUAAGCUCAGAAAGCAGAUCAGCGUCCAGCAUUGAGAAUCAGAAAAAGAAAUUUCUUUGUUUUAGCCGCAAAGCUGAAAAAGCUGAGUAUGAAACUACUGUGCUGGAAAACACCAUCGUAAAAAUUGGAGCACUUCUAGCCUUAGGCUUUGGAGAAGCAGGGUCAAAAAUAAUCGCUACCAAUAUGGAGAAAAGUGGAGAUGUCGACCCUGUGCUGCAAGGCAAUAAGAUUGCAGCGAUUUAUGGGUUUUGUGAUAUAAGGAAUUUUACUGAUACGACUGAAGAGCUGCAAGAGAGUGUGAUGGUAUUUGUUAAUGAAAUUGCAUAUAUAGUGCAUACAGUCACUCAUCAAUUGAUGGGGGCUGCUAAUAAGAAUAUUGGUGAUGCUUUUCUGAUUGUCUGGAAGUUUGGAGAAGAUGAUGUCCUUGAAUUAGACGAUCCAUUGGUUUUGAACCAUAACUCAAGAAAGGCUGGAUUUUUGGGAGAUUUAGCUUUGCUAACUCCUCCCCCUCCGUGAGUGAACAAAAAAAUUUUGUUCACUCGCUGAGGGGGGUUAAUUUUUUUUUUUAAAACAAUUUAUAUAUAAAAUUUAUAGGAAAAAUGUUUUUUUCGAAAUUUUAAAAAAAUCCUAAUUUGCAAAAAUUGGAAAGCAAUCAUUAAUUUAAUUUAUAAAAUUUAUGUUUUAAAACGCAAUUUGUUUAAAAUUAAAACAGAAUUAGCUCGAGAUUUCAUUAUACUAAUUAUCACUUAUAUAUAAAAAAUUUUUUCAUAAAAAAUUUUUUCUAUUAAAAAAAUUUUGUUCACUCACGGAGGGUGGGUUUUUGGGCAAAAAAUAUGGAUUUUUCUAAUGGUUUUGUUCACUCACGGAGGGGGGGGGGAGUAAGCUUUUUAAAAGUCAUUGCAAAAAUCAAUAAAGACCCAAAAAUGCUUAAAUAUAGAAAUCAUGGCAGACUUAUCAAAAGAAUGCCAAAUUAUGCUGUCAAAAUGGGAUUUGGAUUGCAUGUAGGCUGGUCUAUAGAAGGAGCUAUUGGCUCUGAGUUUAAAAUUGACGCUAGCUACCUUUCACCUCAUGUAAACAUGUCAGGACGGCUAGAAGAAACUACCAAACUUUAUGGUGUCCCUUUACUGCUGAGCGGAGCCUUUUAUGACAUUUUAAGUCCUACUGUGCAAGGAUAUUGCAGGCAUCUUGAUACUGUUAUGAUCAAAGGCCAUGCUAGCCCAUUAAGACUCUAUACAAGUGACGUGGAUCCAUCAAAUAUUUUCCCAGGAGAAGGCCUCGACAAGAACAAAGAACAAACCACCAGGCUAAGAAAAGCCCUUAAAAGCAAGCUUGAUAGAGGCCAGCUUGAGUCUUGGGAACUUUUUGAGGAUUCCAGAGAAGUCGCUGCAUUAAAAGAACCCUUUACCGAAGAAUUCUAUGAUAAGCAUAGAAAAGGACUGGAGGCCUAUUUAAAAGGCGAUUGGCUAGACGCAAAAGGAUUUUUUGAGGCAGCUCUACUUGUGAAGCCUGGAGAUGGCCCAACAGUGACCUUGCUUUCUUUUAUGAAAGAAAGCAACUUCGAAGCGCCUCUCGAGUGGGAAGGCUGCAGAGAUUUAAUCGAUAAGUAA